CCACCUCUCCGGCACGGUGAUGUGCACGCGGAGUUCUAUGGGUCCCCUCACUGCCGCCGCCACCACCACUACCACCACGGCCGUCGACUCCACCACAACCUCCACCACCACCUCCACCACAACUACCACCACCACCACCAACACCACCCCAUCCACAUCAACGGCCCCACAAAAGUGCCAAGUCUCCAUAUCCUUCGACAGAUGCAAGAUAACGUCGGUGACGUGUUCGUGCGACACACGUGAUAUCUUCUGGUGCCCGCACGUGGUGGCGCUAUCCCUCCACCGCAUCCGCCACGCUGACACCGUCCAGCUCAGGAUACCCAUCUCAGAGACGCUGCUGCAGAUGGACCGGCAGCAGCUGCAGAAGAUGAUGCAGUACCUGAUCAGCGAGCACCACACGGAGGUCCUGCCCACCGCCCAGAAGCUCGCAGACCAGAUCCUCCAACACACUCAUCCCAUUAACCACAUCCAAGGAGCCCCAGAUCCUACUGCAGGAGGUAGUGCUGAAGAAGAGCACUGUUGGCACUUAGAUGCUGAGCAGGUUAAGGAGCAGGUUGGGCAGUACCUCACCCAGGGGGGUUAUUACAAUGCCAACAAGCAGCUAUACUUUAUGUUCACUAAGGUGCGGGAGAUGGUUCGUGCUAGAGACAGUAAUGGUGCUAAAAUGCUCACAAUGAUCACUGAGCAAUUCCUUAAUGACCCCAGACUCUUACUCUGGAAGUCCCAGGGUACACCCAUGACAGACAAAUGCCGGCAACAUUGGGACCAUAUAGCUGCUUUGUGGGUGUGUGUGGUACUUGCCCCACACAGUGGAACAUCAGAAAAACAACAGUGGCAAAGAACCCUGGAGCAGUGGGCUCAUACAGAUGUUUGUCCUCUUGAGGAUCCAGAUCACAGACAUCAAGACAACAAUGACAGAAAUCAUUCAGCAGCUUACUACCUGAGCUCUGAUGAAGAAUCAAGUGAUGAUGAUAAUGAACUAAGGCGAAGAGAACCAAAUAGGGAUGGUAAUAAUCGUGACCACUACCAUCGUCAUCAUCACAACCAUCUACAUCAUCACAACCAAAGAGAAAUCCGAGAUAGAGAUAGAAGAUCUUCACACAGACGACACAAGCGACGGAGGAUCUCUGCCCCUCCCCGGACAAUAUUCCAUCGGGCCAUAGAUGCUUGUAAUAUGUCCUGGGACGACCAACACUUACAAAUAAUCCUUGCUGGUGAAACUCCGGUGCUAAGGACUUCACAACAUUCCUCUUCUUAUUAUAAUGAACAAGGGCAGCCACUUUGGCAUGAACCUGUACCAAUAGCUUGUUCUCGUGUGGAUGCUCUGAGAUCUCAUGGCUAUACCUCUGAAGCAUUAAGACUUGCAGUAGCUGUAGUACGAACACUAAAGCAGGCGCAGAGAGAAGCAUACCUUUGGUGGGGAAGCAAAAGGGAUGAAAUGCUUCCUAGGUGCUCUGCCUCAAGAGCUUGUAGAUCUCUUGGUCCAGGAGCAUUAGAAAGUUGGGUGGGACAUCCUUUAGACCCUAUAACCUGUCUCUUCGAUACAUUAGCUGAAGCAUCCCUCCUACCUGAAGAUUUACCAAGAUUCCAAUAUCAUAGUGAUUGGUUAGGUGUAGCUAACGAAGAUGCAACAAAUCUGGCGCCACUGAGGUAUCGACACGUUCCCAUCCCAGGCUCCAGUGAUCCCUGGGAAUCCUACCUUACCUUAGCCCUAGAAGCUGCACUUAUUGGUCUUGGCCAGCAACGUGCUAUGCCACCUGGGCUGUACGCACAGGAAAAGGCCUGUAAGCAAGAAGAGAAAAUGAUACUAAAACUUCAAGAACUUAAUCUUGACUCACCUCUCCUAGCAGUAUUACGUCGUCAAGCCAGACUACUUUUGGAGGGCGGACCAUUUUCCGGGCUUGGUGAAGGCAUCCACCCUGAAAGUGUACCAAUGCAUACUUUCACAAAGUUCCUAUUCACUGCUCUUUUGCCACAUGAUUCUGAUUUGGCAUAUCAGUUGGCUUUAAGAGCGAUAAGAUUACCCAUCCUGGAAGAUCACGAUGAUGUUGAUGACCCAGUUAACGGUAAUGUGUCUUCAUUGGUGCUGUCCCGAUAUCCCCGCUGGUUCACGUUGGGCCACAUUGAAACUCAGCAGUGUACCCUUGCCUGUACCAUGAUAAAUGCAGCAAAGAAUGAUGUUAUGCGGCUACGGUCUGUUCUGGAUGCUGCUCUGAGGAAUAUUCAUAGUUCCUCGCAUCUCUUUAAACUUGCUCAGGAUGCCUUUAGACUUGGGCUACCGGGGGAAGGCCAGAGAAAUUCAUUGCUUCUCAAUGCUGCGCUGGAACUAGGACUUCAGGUAAUGCGGAUGACCCUUACUUCACUCAAUUGGAGACGUCGAGAAAUGGUUCGUUGGUUGGUUACCUGUGCAACUGAAGUAGGGGUAUCGGCUUUAAUUUCCAUCAUGCAAAAUUGGUUCACACUCUUCACUCCAACUGAAGCAACUGGAGCUGUAGCCUCAACUAUCAUGAGCCACACAACAGUCAUGCGGUUACAGCUAGACCGUUCUAAACCAGAUGAGCUUCCUGCCUGUGCUAGAUCCCUAGCUUUGCAGUGUGCCACUAAAGACCCACCUAAUUGUGCUCUGAAUGCCUUGACCUUAUGUGAAAGUGAUCCAGUAUCAUUUGAGACAGCUUACCAAGUUGUUGUAGAUGCUGCUGCCCACACCAUGUCAUCCUCCCAACUCUUUACCAUUGCACGGUACAUGGAACAUCGUGGAUAUCCACACCGUGCUUAUACUCUAGCCAUGUUGGCUAUGCGGAGUGUACAUUUGGCAUAUAAUCAGGAUCCUCACCCAGCAAUUAAUGAUAUCCACUGGGCUGUGGCAUUAGCGCAUUCACUUGGUCGUGCUGAACUAUCCCAGCUUCUUCCAGUGCUCAUCAAGAAUGUCCAGUGUGCCACUGUGUUAUCUGAUGUCUUGCGACGUUGCUCCCUAUCAGCACCAGGCAUGGCAUGUCCAGACUCCAAACGUCGGCCAAUAAAGCCUCUAGCCUUUGAUAAAGCACCUUUACGAGGCCUCCUUGAAGCUACAAUUCUGGCCUACAUAAACACAACAAAUUCUCGCCUGACUCAUAUCUCGCCUAGACAUUAUCAAGACUUUAUUGACUUCUUAACUAAAGCUCAUGAAACAUUCAUGCUUGCCCAUGAUGGACACAUUCAAUUUGCACAACUAAUUGAAAAUAUGAAAGUGGCAUACAAGGGUAAGAAAAAGCUUAUGUGCUUAGUGAGGGAACGAUUUGGCUGAUGUCUGGUGAAUCAAUAUCAACGACAUUGCAGAAAGUGUUUUAGUAAAAUAUUAAGUUCUUCCCACUAAACAGAAAGCUCAAAAAAUGUCAUUAUUAUUAGUUUUGCAUUUUUUAAGGCCAGAAGUUUAACUGUGAAUAAACACUGAAUACGGUGCUGCAAUGAUCAUGAUCUGCUUCUGGGAUCAAAUGUCAAUCAGCAGUGAUGUUAUAUAAAACAUACGGACUCUUAGAGAUGCUUGACCUCAAAAGGAAGUUUAAUUUUAAGUUUAUUUAAAUCAGGCAUAGUGAUGUAGCACUUUAAGUUCAUAUUUCCUCAUUGUUAAUCCUCAUGGCAUGGUGCAGAUUUUUUAAUUUUUUUAUAUCAUUGAAAGAACCUUUGCAUAUUUCUCCCUUUUAAUAUGUAAUGACUGAUAAUGUCAUGUGUACAAGCUCAUAAAUUGUUGAUAAGUCACUAAUGUUGAUUUCAAGGUAUGUGCAACUUGAAUUACGUGUGUUAAGAACGUAAUGAUAUCCUCAUUUUAUUUUUAAUACUAUGUACGUAUAUUAUUUAUUCAAUUGCUUUUGCAAGUACUGUGUAUUUAUACCAAAGAUUAGUGAGAAACAAAUGGGUUAGCACUUUGCAUCUAAUCCAAAGCUGCAAGCAAGCCCAGUAGACAGUGUGAUACUAUGCUAAGUGGAAUCCCACCUCUUAUGCCCAUAUCACGCGGAGUUGGCGCCGUCAGGGACUCCAGUACAAACUACGGCAAAGUUCACAAGCUAUAGAAUGUUGAGGCUCAGUAGAUACUCUUAUCCUGAACAGCCAGUGAUAUGUCUCAAAACUCCAGAGCAGUCAAUCAUAACUGGUAAGAAAUUACUAGAGCCUAAGCAUUCAGCUGUCGUGGAUGCAGCCUAUAUCGUCAGGCCUCUCUCUCAGUCUCUACCCUACAACAGAAUGUGGGUUGAGGAUGCAGAUACUGAUGUAGAUAUCUCUGGAUUAGGGGUAUCUGAUCAAAAGAUUUGAAACUCAAUGCAAUAUAUCAAAAGAACUUGAUAAUUAAAUAAGCAUUGGUACCCUUGAUUUGGAUAUCAUAUGAUUUUUAUUUAUUUAUUUUUUUGUUAAGUAUAAAGCCAAGAGCACUGAAAAGCUUACUAAACAGUGGACAGUGAACAAGAUGAAAAUAAGAAAAAAGUUUUAAAAAAUUGUAAAAAAUAAACUCCGCAUGAUAAUACAGUACAGUAUUUAAAAUUGUGAUGUGACUGAAACCUGUGGUCCUUAGGUAUGCUGUCAAUUAAGCUCAAAAUCCUGUGUAAUAUGAGCGAUGGAUUACCCAUUCCUAAGGAUCACAUUGCCUGACCUAUACACAAAAUGUUAACGUCAAUGUACUGCAGGAGUGACAACCAAUGGAAACAUGUAGUCGGAAAUACUGUGUGCUACUGUAGUGCUGCCUCUCUCAACAAAGUUAAUUUCCGACGAUAAUGCACUUUAGUGAUCUACCUCCGUAUUCUUAUGUAGCAAACACAGCCGUGGCCUAUGUAGAUGGUUGUUUUUGUUUGCUGUCUUGCCAUAUCUUCAAAAGGUCCAGUGUGUUAUGUAUAUGAUCUCAUGUCUAAGGACAAAAAAAGUCUCUUUCUAGGCUGUAGAUUUCCAACUGUAUAUAAAUAUGUGUGUAGUGUAUAAGGUGCCACAGUGCCCUAUGGCAUGGUUGUUUUAGGUCUCAGUUAGCAUCUUUAACUUCAGGUGAUUCCACCUCCAUUUCUACUUCCUUGAGUGCUUCAAUUACUCCUUAUUUAUGUGCUGUCAGAAUGUCAGGAGUAUUAUUGGAACUCUAUGGUGAUGUGGAACAGGUUGAAGGUUUCACUUUCCUAGGCCAUGUUGAUUUGUUUAGUCAUAUGAAUUUAAACUGUUUUGACACAUUGGCAAGCUAAUAGUUUAAUUAGUGUUAUAUUUAAUAAAACUAGUGUUCAUGCUUGUUUUUUCCUUUUUUUAUUUCAAAGGAAUUUCUUUUGUUGCUUAGUGUUACUACUGGUAUUAAGUUAUUUAUGUACAAACUACAUUGUGCUGGUCGAUACCAAUGCCUCCCCAAAACUUCCAGAACGGCUACGUAUUGCACAUGUACACCGCUAGACUGUAAGUCCUAUGUGUGAUCUAACAGUGUCCCUGUAUAUAUUAAUAAUGUUAAUAAUUUAAUGCCCAACUCUGCAAAAGCUUCAUGAGCCCAAACUUGAUGUGUAUUGUCUGUGUAUAGGUCUAUGUGUACUUCCAACUAGCAUACGAAAGCCAUGGAUAUUUUUCCAGUGGUAUAAAUGGGUACUUUUUGUUGAAGAGUGCAAGUUUUUACCUCUUUCUGAGUUAUAUGUUUCCUGUAUGGGCAAACUAUAUAUGAAGCAAAUGAGAUGAGGAGAAAUACUAUGAAGGAGUUGUAUCUGUAGGGAUAAUAAUUAUCAAGGCAAAGAUUCAAGUUUGCUUAUCUCAGUGCAGUUGUACAUUUGGAUGCUAAUUGCAUCUACAUUUGGGAGUACUGUAUUUCACUAUUUCAAGACAGAUUGAAGGGUAUACACCACUCAGUAUUUUAGAUAGGUUCAACCUCUAGUAUGAUUGCAUCCUAUUUAUUUCAUCAUGCCAAAUUUGCCUACAGCCUUAAGUUAUAACAGAUCAUAUUUAAGCCAUAAAUCCAUAAAGUAUAUAACCUCAUAAUAGCACAAGGAUUAGGAUAUGGUACAUACCUGAGUGAUCAUUUUGUGUGUGUAUAUAUAAUAUAUAUAUAUUUAUAUAUAUAUACACAGUACAGAUAUAUAAAGGUGAUCAAUAUGUAGGAGUGAUCAGUAAUUGCAUGAUCACUAUCUGAUUCAUGACAAUCUUAGCUAGAGGCAUAUCACUCAAGGUCCUUGUGUCCAAAGCACUGAAUUGUCCCAAUGUUUCAAUCAUUUGCUUAAAAUGAAAAUGUAAGAUAAAGUGAAACGCAUGUGAAUACUGUAAAAUGCAUGUCAAUGCUUGAGAAUUGUAUAAUAUAUGUAGGAACUUGUACAUAGUAGAGUGACAUGUUAGGGUCGCUUAGUACUAGGUAGGUUAUUCUCUCUUUAUAUCUCUCUUCAUCUCAAUCUCUCUUUCUGGGCAUACAUAUUAAUCCUCACACAUUUAGAAUCCCAGUGGAUGCGUUAUGUUAUGAUACGGUACAUCAAACUUGAAAAGUUCAUAUCCGUUCGGUGAUUACUACAGAAUAUUUAUAAAAUUUUAAAGGAAAUAAACUAGAUUUCUUCUUUUACUGUCUCAUGUUUUAGAAUUAAUUAUGUAUUUUCAAGGCAGUGGUCAAGAAAAUUGUUGUUAUCCUCAUUUAGUUCAGUUGUUGUUAUUUAUAUUCGUUCAGAAUUAUUAUGCUUUAUUAUUUCUUUGAAGAAAUAUGGUGUGAAGAGUACUGUCUGAUUAUUCAAACUUGGUAACCUCUAUGAGUGGUUGAAAGUGUGUGUAACUGAAUGAAGGACACUUAUGAUGUGAAAGUUUGUUUACAUAUUUUUGUUACGUAAAUAAGGAUGUAUGCUAAGUGUCCAUUGCUAAACUGUUCCAUUAACAUUAUCUGUUUAGAAUUAUUUAUCGUGUGAUUCACAAAUUUUUAAUUCAAGCAUACAGGAUCUUUGCAAAGCCAUAUGCAAGUGUGUACAGUACAAGUGGAUGACAUAAAGAAGAGUUUUGUUCUUGUUUUUAUUUAAGUUAUGCAGAUAUCCCCACCCCCACCAUUUUAACCCACCCAUCCUUUACCCAUUUCCACUUUCAAAACUCCCAACCCAUUUUUGUCCUGUCAUGAUUAUUGUUUCUGCCAUUUUUUACAUUUGUAUUAAAGACUUUACAAGGA